CCACGUAUCAUAUUUCAAACCCUAAGAAAGCAGUUCCCCGACAGCCUGCACGUUUAGAAAGACGUGCAAAAUGCGGUACAAAAAAUUAGAGCGACAAUAAUGGACGGAAAGAAUCCUAUUCAGGCACUGGAAAGCCUGCUGCAUGACCGCCGAUUCAUUUACGACACCCGACAAGAUCCCAAAACAGAUGUCGUAACAGAGAUUUUCUUUGUUCAUCCUUAUUCAAUCACUAUGUGGCGUGCAUUCCCGCACGUGAUGUUGAUCGACGCGACCUACAAAACAAACCUCUACAACAUGCCAUUUGUCCAGGUUGUGGGUAUGACGUCGACUGGGAAGUCUUUUUGUAUCGCACAUGCCGUUAUUUGUAAAGAACGAAGGGGUAACUACGUGUGGGUGCUUGAGCGGAUCAAGUCAAUAUUGCAUGAAUGUAUGAUGCCGCGUGUGAUAGUCACGGAUAGGGAGCUUGCCCUAAUAAACGCGUGUUCUAAAGUAUUCCCGAACGCAAAAAGGCUUCUAUGCCACUUUCACAUCCAACAAAAUAUAGCUAGAAAGUGCAAGUCAGGGUUCGAUAAAGAAGAUUGGGGGAAAUUUAUGUCGUACUGGCGGACAUUGUGCGAAUCUUCAUCAGAGGCCAUGUACAAGUACAACUUGGAGAAAAUGUAUAACCGACUCGUGGUUGCCAACCGAGAAAGUGUCUAUGAUUACGUCUACGAAAACUGGCUCAAAGACUAUAAAGAAAUGUUCGUUUAUGCGUGGACCGAUAAGUGUCGCAACUUUGGUCAGCGCACCACCAACAGAGUUGAGAGCCAGCACGCAAAUUUAAAAAGAUACAUUACGCGCGGGAGUUCAUUGGAGCGAAUAGCAAGAUGCAUCAUUGAUAUAGUUGAAACUCAGUACGAUGAAAUACAAAAAAGUUUCACUGAGAGCAUCGAAAAAACGAUGAACCACCACAGACACCGAAUGUUGGACAACCUACGUGGAAAGGUUUCCCAUGAAGCACUUGAUUUGCUGGAAAAAGAGCUACUGAGGAAGAUGGAUGUGUUGCGGAAACUUUACGCAUCAUGUGGUUGCCAUAUGUGGCUUAGCAAAGGAUUGCCGUGUGCUUGUAGGCUGGAAAACUACACACGUACAGGGCGUAUAAUACAACUCGACGAGAUAGAUGUAUUCUGGCGUAAGCUUGACUUGCUCCCUUGUAAACUGGUAGACGAGGAGGUCGAUAUUGUAGCAGAGCUCAAUAAUGUGCGGCAACAUUUAGAGGCGCAGUCCCCCGUUCAGCAAAAGAGUAUGCUUUCAAUGAUAAAAGCGGUUUUCACCCCGAAAUCGUCAACCAAGAAACCACCGAUCGUCCAGCAAAACACUCGCGGUCGGCCUACAUCAAAGAAAGUACAAGAAAGGCUAGAUGAAGCUGCGAGGUUAGACCAAGCUGCGAGAUACAGCUCCUGUGGCGAGGACAGCAACGUAAUUACCGCUUCCCCCAAGCAUAGGUACGAUUUACCCCGACACAGCUCAUACGUACCGUCAGAGGGCUCUCGUGGAACUGGUUCGUUUGUGAAGUCUGAAAAACCUAAAAUGCAACCAAACAGUUCAACAAGUUCUAAAAAGAAGGAGACGAGGGAUGAUAAGGUUUUUCCAUUAAUAAAGGGGGACGAGCACUUGUUAUGCAUUAAGAGGUUUAAGAAUCAAAUUCCAUCAGAGUUUCGCUCUUACAUAUCGCGUAUACAAGAUGUGACCCCAGACGGUCAUUGUGGGUACAGGUCUGUGGCUGUCGGGUUAGGUUUUACGGAACACGCAUGGCCCAAUAUUCGAAGAGAUUUACUACUGGAGAUUGACCAUAACAAACCGCGUUGGAAGCAUGUAUUCGAAACAUAUAACGAAGGAGACUUUAAACGAAUACGUAAGAGCAUCGAAUGGCAUUCAGUGAAAGGGUGCGAUCAAAGUCACUGGAUGGAAAUGCCCCAGGUAGGGCUUCUCAUAGCGCAAAGGUAUAAUAUUGUCCUCCACGUGCUAAGCAUUGAAUGGAGCUCUACCAUCUUCCCAUUAACGGAUGCCCCACUAGAUCCACGACCUCAAGCGAUAACGCUUAUACAUGUUCACGGGGGACACUUCAUACAUGCUAAGUUGGAAGGAGACUACCCCAUGCCUUUAGUGAACCCGAUGUGGUCGGCACAUCGAUCAAUAGCUGCGAAACGGUGGGAAGAAAUGUAUACACCGCGGUUAGAGCACUACUACGAGUUAAUGCAUCCUAAAUCAGACCGAGACAAAGACAGAGAACCGAGUUUAAAUGUUAUCGAAGAUUAA